AUGGCGGACCCAACCACUACGCGCCUGCCUGAUGCGAUAGACCGCCGCACCUCUCUUGGAUUCCUUCGUCGUUCUAAAUCCACCGAGCCCCUGGGAGAACGCAAAUCCUCUGGUUCUCGCAAGAAGAUGACAAAGACUCAAGCCAUGGAGGAUGAACUGCGUCGUCAGCGCGAGUCUUACGCCCCUAAAGUUCCUCCCCGCUUGCCUGAUCUUUCCCCCGCUCCCCAACUGGAAACCUUUGGAGGCGAAGAACGCGAUAAGAUCGACCCCGUCCCCCGCCCUCAAUCUGGUCUUGCCACUACGCCCACCAUGGCUGGUUCAAUUACCAAUGUGAUUGAUCCUUAUGCGCGCACAGAGAGCAUGACCCAUCGUGGUCGUUACAGCUACGCCAGCAGUGCUAACAGCACCGUCAACAGCCCGCGCCGUGUGCGCCGUCGCAAGGAUCCUACCUCCUACAAUGUGCUUGUCAUUGGCGCCCGUAACUCGGGCAAAACCUCGUUCCUUAACUUUCUCCGCAGUGCUCUGACUAUGCCCGCCCAUAAGCACCCCUCGCGCACCCCCGAGGAGGUCGAAGAGCUGGAGCGCCAAACCUCCGCCUGGGAAGGAUUCACGGCGCAAUACUUGGAAACCGAGUUCGAUGGAGAGCGUGUCGGACUUACCCUUUGGGACUCGGUGGGUCUUGAGCGCAAUAUCGCAGAUCUCCAACUGCGUGGCGUGACAGGCUUCUUGGAGAGCAAGUUUGAGGAGACGCUUGCCGAGGAGAUGAAGGUGAUCCGUUCUCCCGGUGCCCGCGAUACCCAUAUCCACUGCACUUUCUUACUGCUGGACCCCGUUCGUCUCGAUGAGAAUAUGGCCGCAGCCGAGCGUGCCACCAAUGGUGCAUCCAAGGCUUCUGAUUCUCCUAUCACUGGAAUCCUGGACGAUAAUCUGGAUUUGCAGGUCUUGCGCACGGUCCUGGGCAAGACUACCGUGGUGCCGGUUAUCAGCAAGGCGGAUACCAUCACUUCCGCCCAUAUGCAGUAUCUCCGCAAGGCGGUUUGGAACAGUUUGAAGCAGGCCAACAUUGACCCCCUCGAAAUCCUGACCUUGGAAGACCAGGAGGAGUACACCUCAUCGGAAAGCGGGGAUGAAGACGAAAUCUCAGCGCCCGAAAAGGAGUCGAGCGAGACCACAGAGGCCGGUGAAGCCAAAGAAACCGAGACCGCGGAGGCAACCAUCCCCGCAUCGCCAUCGCAGCUGAGCCAAGGCACCCGCGGAUCCAACGCCUCCCAAGCCGCCAACCAGCACGUUCCAUUCUCGAUCCUGUCUCCCGACCCGCAUUCCCUCGCCGCUGGCGACAAACCAGUCGGUCGGCGGUUCCCCUGGGGCUUCGCAGACCCAUAUGAUGCCGAGCAUUGUGACUUUGUACGCUUGAAGGACUCCGUUUUCUCCGACUGGCGCUCUGAGCUGCGGGAGGCCAGCCGCGUGAUCUGGUAUGAGCGCUGGAGAACUAACCGCCUCAAUCGCAAUGGACAACCAAUUCCGUCCCAGAAGCAGAUCUAUGGUGGUCGCAAGGGACCUGGUGAUGGCCGUCGCACACGGUAA